AUGAAUCCAGAAGAGAAGACAAUUUUCCAAGAAUAUUUGACAAAUCAGGGGACUGUGGUAAAGCCCUAUUGCUGGCAGAGACAGAACCACAUCUGUGCUAAGUGUCCCUACCACAUACGGACUGGUGAAGAAGCGAGAGUCCCUUACACGGAAUUUCAGAGGGUCUUUGGCUUGCCAUACAGAUCAACAGCAACUCUCCAAAACAAACACCUUCUCUUCUAUGAAUUGAGGAGUUUCUCAGGCACGGUAGUCCAAAAAGGCCAUGCUACAAACUGUACUGACCAAGACAACCAUCCAGAAUCUAUGCUGUUUGAGAUGGGCGGUUAUCUGGAUGCAGUUACAGAUGCCUAUGAAAACAUCAGACGCAUCAUCCUCUAUUCAACUUACUCUCCUUGUAACGAGGCUUACCACUGCUGCAUAAGUAAAAUAUACAACUUCUUGCUGAAAUAUCCAGAAAUCACGCUCUGCAUCUAUUUCUCUCAGCUUUAUCACACUGAGGAUGGUUCCCCCACUGCCGCGUGGAACCGCGAAGCUUUGCGGAGCCUCUCCAGCCUGUGGCCUCGGGUGACUCUGCAGAGACUGCCUGCGGGGGCACAGCGUUACCUCCUCUGCAAUUUUGUGUAUGGCAUCCCAGGGUCAACCCUUUAUCACCCAACUUCACUGUCAAGAACCUUAGCAGGUCGACAAAAUCCACAUCAGGUUAACAACUUAACAGGAAUGAAACCGUAUUUUAGGAAGGUCUUUCCACAAGCAAUGCAGGGAAAACCUGCUGCGCAGCAGAACUUAAAGGCUUUUUCUUUUCCUAGCCCGGCCUCCCAACAGCCUUUACAAGCGAUGAAAGGCAGUCUGCUACCUCCGAUGUCUCAAAGCCACUUGGUGCUUUUCCCAGGCAUGUUUCUGCCCUUUCAGAGGGAACACCUAUACCCCAGACCUAAAAAUAUCGUAAGGCAUUUAAAAAUGCCAAAGGAAUAA